UCAGACGGCGGUGGCCCGGGAUCAGACCGCGUCUCAGGCGAGCCCGAGACGCGCCCCCAGCCCGCCAUGGCCCGCCUGUUGCGGGCGUCCUGUCUUCUCUCCCUGCUCUUGGCUGGCUUCGUCCCGCCGAGCCGGGGGCAGGAGAAGUCCAAGACGGACUGCCACGCUGGCGGGAGCGGCACUAUCUAUGAGUACGGAGCCCUGACCAUCGAUGGGGAGGAGUACAUCCCUUUUAAGCAGUAUGCUGGCAAAUACAUCCUGUUUGUCAACGUGGCCAGCUACUGAGGCCUAACAGGCCAGUACGUUGAACUGAAUGCACUACAGGAAGAGCUUGCACCAUUUGGUCUGGUCAUUCUGGGCUUCCCCUGCAACCAAUUUGGAAAACAGGAACCAGGAGAAAACUCGGAAAUCCUACCCAGCCUCAAGCAUGUCCGACCAGGUGGGGGCUUCGUCCCCAAUUUCCAACUCUUUGAGAAAGGGGAUGUGAACGGGGAGAAAGAGCAGAAGUUCUACACGUUCCUGAAGAACUCCUGCCCACCCACCUCGGAGCUCCUGGGCUCACCUAACCGCCUCUUCUGGGAACCCAUGAAGGUCCAUGACAUCCGCUGGAACUUUGAGAAGUUCCUGGUGGGGCCAGAUGGCGUGCCCCUCAUGCGCUGGUACCACCGGACCACGGUCAGCACCGUCAAGAUGGACAUCCUGGCCUACAUGAGGCGGCAGGCGGCCCUGACAGUCAACGGGAAGUAAAUCAGGCCUGCCCCACCCUGUGUCCACCAUGCAGGGGCUGGGGAGGGACUCUGUUCAGGAAGGAACCCAUUUCUCUAACCACAACACACUCCCGCCACAGACCCCUUACUAAUAUACAAGGCCCCGACCUGACCCAAACGUGCGCGUACGAUUGUCGUCUGUACUGCUGCGCAUGUGGGUGUCUGCACACGUGCCUCCAGGUGUGUGUGACCGUGCGUGUGCAUGGGUACAGCCAACGCUGUCUACCUGCGCAAAUAUGGGGGACGUGAACCGUUUGUGUGCCCACAGCUGUGUGUUAUGGAGAGUGCUGGAGAACUCCCCUUUCUCUCCAGUUCUCUGUUCCAGUGAGAGCCAUUCACUUUCAGUGGAGCCCAAGUUAAAACCAGAUCCAGAUCCAACUGUUCUGCUCUGACCCGGACCUCAACCUUGGGGCCGGCAUCUCCCACUGCCUCCAAAUCUCACCACUGAAGUGCCCAGAAGUUUCUGGGUCUACCACACUGCCCAAUCUUCCCCCCUCUCCAUCAUGCAGCCUCGCUCCUUCCUGAGGGGCCCCUCCCAAGCCCCCUCCCCCACCCCACAGUGCUCCCUGAGAGCAGCCGAGGCAGACGUGAGAGGAAGGGCCACGUCCCGUGUCAGGGAUGGCGUCUCCAUGAAGGAGGGGCCCGAAGCCCUUGUGGGCGGACCUCCCCUGAGCCUGUCUGAAGGGCCAGCCCUUAGUGCAUUCAGGCUGAGGCCCCUGGGCAGGGAUGCCACCCCUGC